AUGUGCCGGGAAGAGUCUUUCACUUCUGGCUCUGAUCCUGGGAAACCACUUGGUCAGGGAGAAGGUGUCCCUGGGGCAGGGAGCAGCAAGGAGGAGAAGGACACGCAGCCGCUGGUGACCGAGGCUACGGACACAGCUGCGCCACUGCGUGGACGUCCGUCAGAGCCCUGCGAGCAAGAGCGCGGGGGACCCGAGGUCGAGGAGCGCUGGGCCAACGAGGAGACCCAGCCGUUCUGCACCCAUGAGGGGGCCGUCGAGGAGGAGGAGCGGGCAGGGGAGCCCGAAGAAGCCCCGGCAUCUCUGGGGGAGGUGAACCCCGGGGAUCACUCGACCCUCGGGCCGGCAGGCAGCCCACAGAGGACCGGGGGAGGGAGCAGGGCAGAGCCCGCAGCAGAGGUCAGGGAGGGAGGGUCCCAGACCCUGCCGGAGCACGGGGGCCGGGCGAGCCUGGGGGAAGCAGCCGGACACGAUGCCGAGGAGAGCAGCCGGGCCGCGGGCCGGGUGGGAAAGAGACGCGGCAGGGCGAAGCCGAGAGCCGCCGGCUCGGACCCCAGCGCCGGGCGACAGGAAGAGGCGCCCGUCCCUGGCGCGGGCAGUGGCGAGGAACCGAGCCGGGAGGCCCGCCCUUCCCGCAGGAAGUCCCAGCAACCGGGCCGCGAGGAGGGGGCCGAGACCCCAACGGCUGAAGAGACGCCGACCAGGCCGAAGAGAGGCAGGGGCAGGCAGAAGUCCUCCUCCCAGUCCGCCACCACCGCUGACGACCACCUCUGCCCUCCGGACCAGAGCCCCCAGGACCCCCCACAGCGUAAAGGCAGGCGGAGGUCUGUGGCUGCCCCACAGGAGGUCACCCCACAGACUGAGAGCCCACCACAGCAGCAGCCCACAGGCAGAGGCAGGAGGACACAGGAGUGUACACAGCCCUCUUCGCAAGAGGCGGAGUUGUCCUUGGGGCGGCUGCGGCGCUCUAGGGCAGUGAGUCAACCCGACAGUGGGAAAGAAACCACGCCACAGCAGAUUAAAACCCGUCGGCAGGCGUGCCAGCUCUCCCCUUCCUCGUCCUCAGCCUCCCUCCCGGAGAGUCUCACUCUUCCCAAGGUCAUGUUCACAGGACUGGUGGACGAGGACGGGAUGAAGGUGAUCAUGCAGCUCGGGGGCGAGGUUGUGGAGUGCGUGCACGACAGCACUCACCUGGUCACAGACCGGAUCCGACGCACCGUGAAGUUCCUAUGCGCCGUUGCCAGGGGUAUCCCUGUAGUCACGCCUGAGUGGUUGAGGAAGAGCGGGAAGAACAGCUACUUCCUCUCUCCCCGCAGCUUCUUGCUAGACGACCGUGACCAGGAGCAGAACUUCAACUUCAAGCUCAAGGACUCCCUUCAGAAAGCCAAGGAGCAGCCACUGCUGCGGGAUUACCGGAUCCAUGUGACGGCGGGGGUGCAGCCCGAUCCCAGCCAGAUGGGGACCAUCCUGCGGUGCAGCGGAGCGACUGUGCUGCCCAAGAUGCCGAGAGCGUAUAAGGAGAAAACGCUGGUGAUUUCGUGCCCUGGUGACCUCCCCAAGUGCAAAGCUGCCCGCGAUGCCGGGAUCCCCGUGGUGAAUGCUGAAUUCAUCCUGACGGGGAUUCUCCAGCAGACGGUGGACGUGGUGAAGUACCGUCUGGAUGGGGACGAGGUCGUCGACAGCAAGCCGGAGGGGAAAGGGAGGAAGCGGGCUUCUGCAGCGGCAGCUUCGACACAACCAGCUGCAGCUAAGAAGAAGAAGAAGCGGUGACUGUUUUAAAACCAGACAUAGGACUUCUAAUAAUGCUGUAAAUCCACAAUAUAAUUUAAAAAAAAGACAAAAAAUGCAGUUUUCCA